AUGCUUUUGCAUACACUACAACUUAAACGUUAUUUUUGGGUAACGCAACGUUCAUUCAAUCUUAUUGGUAUCGAUAUAAGUGCUCUCGAUUAUCAUGAUAUUGUAAAAUAUCCGAUGCGCUGCUUCCUGUUUACUGCAUUCGCGGCCGUGCUUGCUGGUGCUAUGUCCAUUCAUGUUUACGAGUAUAGAGAUGAUUUCGGUGAAUUUGCCGAUACCUCAGGGAUGUUAUUGCAAACGAUAAUAGCAUUGUGGAAAACUUUGGUAUUUAUAUUUAAACGAAAGGAAAUCUGUGAUUUAAUGCAAAAUGCAUGGCAGUGGAAUAUAAACGUUCAUCCGGACGAGUUUCAUAUUAUUUUAAAAUUUAAUUCACAAAAUUUUACAAUUUCGGCAUUAUAUAUGGUGCAGGUGUCAAGUACGGUGUUCGGGUCAUUCCUUGUACCAUUAAUUUACAUGUUUGAAUUUUAUCGGAAGAAUGGUGAGAAAAUAUGGUUACCGCCACAUAAGGGAGGAUAUUUUUGGGAUUAUUCGAAUGUAAUGGGUUAUUCGUUUCUUUAUAUUUGUCAUCUACUUGGUAUAUUUUUUGUUGCUGCAUUUUCGAUUGGUGUCGAUACAUUGUGCCCGUGGCUUGUCUCAAAUAUUGUUGUACAAUAUCAUGUAAUAUAUUAUCGUUUACGCGAUAUAGCUGAGCUUAGUUAUGAGAUAAGCACCGAUAAAUUGAAUGCGAAAAUUAUUGAAUGCGUUAAGUGUCAUCGACAAGUAUUGAAUUUGAGUAAUCAGUUGGAAAAUUUUUUUGCUGAAAUAAUUUUUAUCAAAUUUGUUAUCAGCGGUUUAUUAAUAUGCUCUUUAGCAUUUCGUUUAGUACGAGCUGAAGGACAAUUUUAUAUACUCUUAUAUCAGUUAGUGUUCUUAACAACAGUUUCGACACAAUUGCUGAUGUAUUGCUAUAGCGGACAACGUUUAAAGGAUGAAAAGAGUUCACAAGUGGCGUCUGAAAUCUAUUCAAUAUUCGAAUGGUCCCAUUUGUCGAGGAAUUCACAAAAAUUGCUGCUGUUUGCCAUGAUGCGUUCACAAAGAGAAUGCCAUUUAACUGGCGCCUUUUUUAUGGUCGAUUUAAGUUUGUUUGUUUGGGUUUUAAGAACUGGUGGCUCGUUAAUAGCAAUGCUUAAAACUUUGGACGAGAAGCAGGUGUAAAGUGUGCUUUAAAUAAGCGAAAAGAUAACUUUUCUUACUUGAAAAUGACUUUUUUUUCCUCUCUUCCUCUCUACCGCUCUCUUUCUUUUUCUAUAAGAUAUUGAAGU